CGGUUCAAGCUCCGGAUGAUGGUUCCUAUUUUUUAUAUCUUGAAGUGAAAUUGCUUUCCUUUUCCCUCUGCCCCGUCGUAGACAAAUUGUGCAAUUUUUCACGCGUGGAUUAAUUGGGCUAACUACCCCGCGUUGAGGUUAUCGUUUGCUGCGUAUAAAUUGCUUUUCUUUAAUUAAAAUAACUCUUUAAACAGAGUGUGUUUCCGUUCAAAUUAUAAUUGGAUCGUUAUCAAGUGGAAUAAGCUACCAACACAACCAAAUUGUGCUUAUUUAUGUUCAUUCAAUUUUGGCUUAUAAAUUUAAUGUCAUUGUUUUUCACCCACAAAAAAUCCAACUGAAAAGCGAUGAAAAUUGCGCACAAACAAAGCAUUUAAUUUUAAUGCCCUUCAAACCAGACAUUUCCAACAACGUGUGCCCAAAAGAGUGUGAAGUUCGCAACGAGGGAAAAAAACAAUUUAAAUGAAUCGACAGUUGGGCGGAGGAGUGCAACAGAUCCCUUCGGAGGUCAUGCUGUGCUCUACUAUUUAGGCAGAACUGGUCGGUUCGGUGAGUGGUGAUGAAGCGUAAAUUAUUUCUCCGUUCUUCCCGGAAGGAUAUUCAAUAAUGAUUCGUAGAGCUGGCAGUAUCACUGCGGAAUUUAGUGACAAACAUUGCAAUGGAAAAAAGGACUUCGUGGUUCUGUCGGCUAUUCCUUUGCGCUGGGCGAAUUAAGAUUCUUUUAACGUGGAUUAAUGUGAUGUGAUAUGACUAAAAAGGGAGAAAAUGGAGCUCAAUGUAACAGGAAAGUCCUGGUGGCCACCAAACCCACACUGAGGGUGUGCGCCGCUCUGUGCCCAACCCCAAUCGCGUGACAGUUUAAUCCAUUCGGCGAAGCGAUAAAUCCUCCAUCAACGCCAUCAUCUUCUCCUCGUCCACAUUGCUGCAAGCGUAAUGAAAUGGAGGCGCCACCCGCCGCCGUUUAUAAUCGUGCGUCGUGAUCGUUGUGUGACAGAUGACUUUUCCAUCCACUUGCUCUCCCCCGUAAACACACACACACACUUUUCAUCCACAAUCGGCAUCUUUUGGCAUCUUUAAUAGAAUUAGCACCCGGAGCGCGAGCAAAAGAAACAACACUGCGCCCGUGGACCCAGCACCCCGACCCACGAUGAGGAUGAUGAUGAUGAUGAUUACAGAUCGGUUUCAUCUGUUGCUAGCUGCACUAGUGUUAGGGCUUUCCUCCGCGCCAGUCGAACUGCACGCGUUGGCGUCCGCCAUUGCACGGAUGUCAUGUGACUGUCCCCGUAGCAGCAGCACCAGCAGCAGCAGCAGUGUCGAUAGCUUCCUACGAGCGAAUGUGUCCUCCCUGCUGACGACCGGGACGCGCAACCGAACCGGAGACGAGCUGUACGUGGGCUUCCUGGCCGGCUACGUGCACUCCAAGGUCGUCCUGGGUGCACUACUCCUAGCGAUAGAAACCAUAAACAACGAUUCGACGCUACUGCCCGGCAAAAAGCUACGCCUCCGUGCAGUCGACAUCGGUGCCCAAAAGUCGCUCAAAGCGUUCCCGAUUAAGAAAAUGACCGAAAUGCGCGACACUGGAAUAGUUGUAUUUAUUGGACCGGAUGAAACCUGCACCUCGGAGGCACUGGUCGCGUCCGCCUGGAACCUGCCGAUGAUAUCGUAUAAAUGUGCCGACAUUGCCGUGUCGGACAAAACGGUGUACAGCAGCUUCGCCCGCACGCUACCACCGGCGACGAAGGUAUCGAAGAGUGUCGCCGCCCUGCUGCUGGCUAAUAAUUGGCACUGCUUCAGCAUUGUCGCCAGCAAACAUCCCGCCUGGAGCAUGGAGAUCGCGCAUGCAAUUGAGUUGCAAGCCGAGUUAAACAAUCUCACCGUGAACCACUUCCGCAUCUAUUCGGACUACAUCCCGUCCAAAAUCUAUGAGCUGCAGGAGAUAGUGGACAACACUUACCGCAACACACGGGUGUACGUGUUCGUGGGCGAUCAUAUCGAAAUGGUGGACUUUGUGCGCUGCCUGCAGAACCGAAAGCUGCUCAGCACGGGCGACUACAUCGUGAUAUCGAUCGAUGACGAAAUCUACGACCCAAACAUGAAGCGCAAUAUCUAUCAAGAGUAUUCCGAUUUCUACCAAAAGUACAUCGGCAACUCGAAGGACAAACAUCAGCAGAACCGCAAGCGCUACAACUACAAGGACCAGGAGCGGCUGCAGGAAGCGUUCCAGUCGGUGCUGCGCAUAUCGCCCCUCUUUCCGAUGAACCCAAAGUAUCGCAAACUUUGCCACCAGUUCAAGCUGUACUCGCGCAAGGAUCCGUUCCGCGUGCCGUUGCCCUACAAUCGGCACAUAUUUGAUGAGAUUCAGGUUCCCAUCUACGGUGCGUACCUGUACGAUGCACUCAUCAUCUACGCCCGGGCCGCGACGGAGGUACUCCGGGACGGUGGUGACGUCUCGGAUGGAAGAUUAAUUAUGCGCCAUAUAUUCAACCGCUCGUACCACUCGAUCCAGGGAUUCGAUGUGUACAUCGAUGCGAACGGGGACGCCGAGGGCAACUUUUCGGUCAUCGCGUUACAGAAGGACGACAAAGUGAACAACUCACUGCACAUGUCGAUGCAACCGGUGGCACUGUUUGCGUACGGCGCACGGAAUGCCACCGGUACCGGUACAACGCUGCCCGAAUUUCGCUACCUCAACCCGAACCGCCCGAUCAUGUGGCUGAAGGGGCGGCCACCGCUGGCAGAACCCGUCUGUGGCUUCUACAAUGAAAAGUGCCGCCCGAAGGCGAAGGAUUGGCGGUACAUUACCGGUGCGCUGGUCGUGAUUCUCUUCAUGGCGAUAUUUACCAUCAUCCUGUUCAAACAUUAUCGCUACGAGCAGACGUUGGCCUGUCUGCUCUGGAAGGUGGAUAUGAAGGAUGUGAUACUGAUAACAUCACCCGACGCACUUUACAACAACGAGCUACGAAAGAAUCUUGUAUGUCAACAAAGCAUUAUGGUCAACAGUGCGGGAGACGUUAAUAAACGGGCCUACACGACGAUUGGUCUCUAUCGUGGCAAUAUCGUCGCUAUCAAGUAUCUUCACAAGCGAACCGUCGAUAUUACGCGUAACAUUCGCAAAGAACUAAAGCAGAUGCGAGAAAUCCGCCACGAGAAUCUGAUCACGUUCGUCGGUGCAUCGAUCGACCACGGUACGGUAAGCAUCCUGACGUCGUACUGUGCCCGCGGCAGCUUGGUCGAUGUGCUUUCGAACGAAGAUCUCAAGCUAGAUCACAUGUUCGUUUCCUCGCUGGUGAGCGAUAUCGUCAAGGGACUGAUCUACCUGCAUGAUAGCGAUGUAGGAUCGCACGGGAAUUUGCGAUCGAGUAAAAUCUUGAUCGAUUCCCGCUGGGUCGCUCAGAUAGCGGACUUUGGGCUGCAUGAGUUUAAAUCCUGCCAGGAGGAACCGAGCAAGUUUGAAAAAGAGCUGCGCCGCAGUCUGUGGAAAGCGCCGGAAUUACUGCGCGAUCCUAACUGUCCACCGAAGGGUACGCAGAAAGGCGACGUGUACUCGUUCGGUAUUGUGCUGUACGAGAUCAUUGGACGGAAAGGCCCAUGGGGUGAUCUUAAUAUGAGCUGGCAAGAUAUUGUAGCUCGCGUUAUGUCACCGGAAGAGUAUGGGAUUUUCCGCCCAUCGCUGCGAGGCAUUGACGCCCCAGAGUACGUCAUACAGCUGCUCCACUCGUGCUGGGAAGAGGAUCCAGAAGAUCGACCAGACAUACGAUUGGUACGGGUGAAGUUGAAACCGAUGCAAGCCGGACUCAAACCAAACAUAUUUGAUAACAUGCUCGCGAUCAUGGAAAAGUAUGCCUACAACCUGGAGGGGAUCGUACAGGAGCGCACCAAUCAGCUGUCGGAGGAGAAAAAGAAGACGGAAUCACUGCUGCUAAGGAUGCUGCCGAAGAGUGUGGCUGAGUCGCUCAAGCGCGGUGAACGGGUCGAGGCGGAAUGUUUCGACUGUGUGACGAUUUUCUUCAGCGAUCUGGUCGGCUUCACGGAACUGUGCGCCCAAAGCACACCCUUCGAGGUGGUGGAAAUGCUGAACGAUCUCUACACCUGCUGCGACUUUAUCAUCUCCAGCUACGACGUGUACAAGGUGGAAACGAUCGGUGACGCGUACAUGGUCGUGUCGGGACUGCCGCUUCGGAACGGCGAUCGUCAUGCGGGAGAGAUCGCUUCGCUGGCCUUACAUCUGCUAAAUUCCAUCUCGAACCUGGAGAUAAGGCACCGGCCGGGGGAGUUUAUUCAGAUGCGCAUUGGCAUACAUUCGGGCCAGUGUGUGGCCGGAGUCGUGGGUCUGAAGAUGCCCCGGUACUGUCUGUUCGGAGAUACGGUUAACACAGCCUCCCGGAUGGAAAGUAAUGGAGAGGCGCUGAAAAUCCACAUCUCUUCAGCUACGUACGGGUUGUUGAAGAAGCUCGGGGGUUAUAAGUGUGAGGAGCGCGGCAUUAUUAAGGUGAAAGGGAAGGGUGAAAUGCGAACCUACUGGUUACUCGGCGAGGACGACCAAAAGCGGAUGGAUCGGUUCGGUUCGAACGACGCAAUUACGAGUUUGACCAUACCCGAUCUCCUGUGCACACCGGAUCAAUCCCAAACCAACCUAAGCCGACCGUCGCUGAGGCGCAUGCUGUCCGAUACCGUGCCGAUGCUACAAACAUCCCAUCAGCACAGUACCAGCGAUCAGCAGAUUCCAUCCGUCAGCUUCUUGGCGCACAAUGGACCGAAUCUGGGCUGCUACAUCUGCCACAAGCGGAAGCUGCACAUGGGCAACACACCCAUGGCCGACAGUACGCAGCGGCUCUCGAUCAUCCAUGGGAGCUACGGUGUGGACGAGGCGAUAUGCACCUGCCGGCAGAAAAAUUGUCUCCUGGAGUACUACAACGACAACUUGAUGACGGUGCGGACGAUUCGUGAGCCACGAUCGGCACCGCAAAUCACAUUCAUGCAGUGAGGCUAGGAUUGGAUAAGGAAUUCCCAUGCAGAUGAAAUGGGAAAAUACGGUUUCAUUGAUAGAGAGUACGUGGAAAACACUAGUGGUUAACAAUAACAAAAAAUACGCAAACCAUUUGAUAGCUAUUUACAUGUCGAAACAGUGUCGUUGUACGCACGUCCGCCAAUUAGUGUUUUUGAUGUGUUUUGCAAAUGCAAG